AUAAGGAAAUAUGCCUUCUGCAAAAGACCGAUUUAACAGUGCUCUGAGAGCUUUUGCAACUAAGUCUAUGACAGUAACUGGGCUUAUAAACAUGGAGUUCGUAUUGAUGGGAUGUAGAGUUGGUACAUGCUGCCCACCGAAAGUCGUAGACUUAGUCAGUUCCGAUACAGAAUUUAUAAAGAAAUUAUUAAACGUCAGCAGCUUCCUUGGAUGACGUAGAGAAUACAUUUACAUCGUUAUCAAAAUAAUCUCAGGAACUUGUCUUUUUGUAUGUUUUGAAUUGGCACUGAUGAUUUCCCAAGCAGUCUUACUCUUAUUACUAGACUCAGCAAUUUUAUUAUCAUGGUAGUCUCGUUUUGUUUUCAAUAAUUUUCUUUUAUGUUCUUUAAUCAGUAGUUUAUAGCGUGCAGUCAACUCGCAAAAUGUACUCUCUUAAAAACUCCUUUCGUCAAUCAUUACUUUGGUUAUCCCAGCAAUU